AUGAUCCAUAAUAUGGCCUCCAGACGGCUGGUGGUCCGGCCGUUCAACAUGGCCGGCCACCUGCGAGCCACAUACGCCCCCGUGCGAUUUGCAUCAAACAACGCCUCCAAGAGCCAGCGUCUUGAGCUCAAGCACAUUGGUAUCAUGAAUGAGCCCAUUAUCCCCCUGUCCCAUGCCCCCUGGACCAACCCAAAGGGUCUGGUGAAGCACUUCUACCGACGAAUGUACGCCUUUGUUGUUAACACAUUCAACGUGGCACAGUACCGUCUCAAGACCAAGAAGAAGCCCCGUUUCACAGAGUGGAAGAACGACGCUAUUCUCAACUACAUUGCCGUCAACAAGGCCUUUGCUGCUCGAGAGCUUGAGUCUGUUGAUGACAAGAUGAACACCUGGGUCAAGAAGGCUCUUGUCGAGCGAUCCAAGACUCUCCCCGACGACGUCAAGUUCCAGUACGGCCCCAUUGAGUUUUCCAAGGUCCCCAAGGUGGUCAACUUCACCUACCUGCCCCUGCCCAACCACGCCCCUGGUAUCACUCUCAUCAUCUAUCGAUUUGACAUGACCCAGAAAAUUCUUCGGUCCCAGCGACGAUCUGAUGAGGUCAAGACCACCACUAAGAAGUCCACCGAGUACAUUGGCUGUGUCUACGACAACACGUACUCGCCCGCCAAGUGCCUGCUGGCCGGAACCGUGUUCGAGUCCCCCAUUGAUAUCCCUCUGCCCGACCCUGACAUGUCUGAUGAGCGAGUUGUCAUCCAGUCCAUGCACGACAAGGGAGACAUUUUCCGAGAACCCAAGGCUAUUAAGGCUUAA